AUCGGUUACAUAAAGUUGUGAUAAAUAAGUGAAAAAGCGUUGUAGCGCUACGUGUUCACAACAAAAUGUCGGAAUUCCCGGAUAACAAGGGCUUCCAGGAAUCCUGUGAGUUUUCAUUAACUAAGGCGGUGGAGGAUGUCAGUCAGUACAGCCACAGCCAGACUGAGACCCUGAGAGAGAAACAGAAAACUCUGAAAACCCUGCAGGCGGCUCUGGCUGACAUUGAAAAGAAAAGUCCACAUGCGGAGCAGCAGCUGAGGUCCAAGCUGAGAGAAAUCUGCCUGCUGGAGGGAGAGAUGGCACAUCUGGAGAGGCAAAGAGCGCUGCUGCAGGACCGCUGUGCCAGCAUCAACAAGGAGAACGUAAAGCUGCACAUGCUCUUACAGGACGAGGAGGAGCACGCCCGAUCCACUCUGGAAGAAUUCAGCGUGUACAGGAACAAGAUGAAAGGCCACAAAGACGCCGUCCUGCAGGCUGUGAGCCAGACGGAGGCCCACAGGGAGCUGAAGGAGAACAGGAUGCUGGUCUUGAAUCUGAGGCAGGAGAAGGAACAACUCAAGGAGGAUCUUCAAAACCCAAACGGGAUAACCCUGCAAACGGCUAAGGAGGAAACUGAUGCCCUGAAGAGAGAGAUCUCUGAGAGUAAGAAAGCCGUCGCUGAAGGAAGAGAACAACUGAAGAAAGAGUUUGAGAUUCAUGCAAAGUUAAAGAGAGAUAUCGAGAUCCAAAACAGGCGCUUUGAAGCCAUCGUCAAGAGGCUGCGCUGCCAGCUCAGCAGAGCUCAGGCCGUACACAGGCAGACUUUGGGUGAAAUUUUCCACCUGCAGAGGCAGCUGACUGAGUUCAAGGGUCAGCAGCAUUCUUCACAGGGUUGAAGACAUUUAAAGUACAACGUUAUGUUUGUCUAAUCUGGGUUAUUUGUUUUGCUGGAGAAUACAUUUAGGCAUUUAAGAUACUUGCUACGUAUGGAACGGUUUGUUUUUGUUCCUUGUGUUGAACAGGUGGGGGCAGCACCCUCCAGUAAAUCUCUAGCUAAGGCUUCUUCUGCUUUUGACUGACAUUCUGUGUUUAUGCAAACCACUAAUGGCCUCAAUUUAAGCUUUGCAGAAUCCAAGUGCUAAUCCUCUGAGAAUUUAUUAAAUAAAGACACAUUUAUCUUCUGUGAGAAUUAGUGCCGA